GCCCGCGGGCGCGGCCCGGGGGCAACCGGGUGACGGUGGUGCUCGGCGCGCAGUGGGGCGACGAGGGCAAGGGGAAGGUGGUGGACCUGCUAGCGCAGGACGCCGACAUCGUGUGCCGCUGCCAGGGAGGAAAUAAUGCCGGCCAUACAGUUGUCGUAGAUUCUGUGGAAUACGAUUUUCAUCUUUUACCCAGUGGAAUAAUUAAUCCAAAUGUUACUGCAUUCAUUGGAAAUGGUGUGGUAAUUCAUUUGCCUGGAUUGUUUGAGGAAGCAGAGAAAAAUGUUCAAAAAGGAAAAGGUCUAGAAGGCUGGGAAAAAAGGCUUAUCAUAUCCGACAGAGCUCAUAUUGUGUUUGAUUUUCAUCAAGCAGCUGAUGGUAUCCAGGAACAACAGAGACAAGAACAAGCAGGAAAAAAUUUGGGUACCACAAAAAAGGGCAUUGGCCCAGUUUAUUCUUCCAAAGCUGCUCGGAGUGGACUGAGGAUGUGCGAUCUUGUUUCUGACUUUGAUGGCUUCUCUGAGAGGUUCAAAUUUCUGGCUAACCAGUACAAAUCUAUAUACCCCACUUUGGAAAUAGACAUUGAAGGUGAAUUACAAAAACUCAAGGGUUAUAUGGAAAGGAUUAAACCAAUGGUGAAAGAUGGAGUUUAUUUCCUAUAUGAGGCCCUACAUGGACCACCCAAGAAAAUCUUGGUAGAAGGUGCAAAUGCAGCACUACUAGAUAUUGAUUUUGGAACUUAUCCUUUUGUAACCUCUUCAAACUGUACAGUUGGAGGCGUUUGUACUGGAUUGGGUAUGCCCCCUCAAAAUGUUGGAGAAGUGUAUGGAGUUGUGAAAGCUUAUACAACUAGAGUUGGUAUUGGUGCCUUUCCUACAGAGCAAGAUAAUGAAAUUGGAGAGUUAUUACAAACAAGGGGUAGAGAGUUUGGUGUAACUACUGGGAGGAAAAGAAGGUGUGGCUGGUUGGACCUUGUCUUGCUCAGAUAUGCUCAUAUGAUUAAUGGAUUUACUGCGUUGGCACUUACCAAAUUGGAUAUUUUGGACAUGUUUAUGGAAAUAAAAGUUGGAGUUGCUUACAAAUUAGAUGGUGAAAUCAUACCUCAUUUCCCAGCAAACCAAGAAGUCUUAAAUAAAGUUGAGGUUCAGUAUAAGACUCUCCCAGGAUGGAACACAGACAUAUCAAAUGCAAGGACAUUUAAAGAGCUACCUGUUAAUGCACAAAAUUAUGUUCGAUUUAUUGAAGAUGAGCUUCGAGUUCCAGUUAAAUGGAUUGGUGUGGGUAAAUCCAGGGAGUCUAUGAUUCAGCUCUUCUGAGGAGUCCAGUGACGCAAGAAACACUCCUUUGUGAGGCGGAAAAGGACUUUCUUAGCUGUUUCAUUUCUGAUCUACAAAUUUCAAGAAUAAAGACAUCGAAGUGAGUUUUAAGGCCCACAGUUGUUUCCAGUCUUGUAAGACGGCUGGCUGGUGUGGAGAGAAGCUUCGGCACAUUCCAGUGCCAGCUUCCUAGCUAGCAUCGUUGCCGAAUCACUUGAUGCUCCUGCUGCUCAUGGUGCCUCAUGUUCUUUUAAUGUUUAGUAGUGGUGUAAUCCACGUUGUUUGGAAUCUAAAAUAGAGUUACUUUCAAUGUAGCUUUUUUUCAUUGUUGUCAUUGUGUGUUCAUAGGUUUUACCUCUGUUAUAUGGUAAGAACAAUUAAUGCAGUUUUGCACAAAUAUUUUUACAUUCUGAUCAUUCAAUUCUGUCAUUGUAAUCUUUGCUAUUAGGAAAAAUGAUGAAAAGAGGAAUUCUGUAAACUUUUGUAAUGCUAUAAAUUCUGUUUAAAUUGUGAACUGUUUAUUUUCUGCUGAGACCAUUACAAAUUUGAGCUUUGGCGGGGGGGACGGUUAUAUUCAUGGGUCCUUGAAUUUGUACAGAACACAAAACUUAUUUCUCUCUGUAAAUUAUUUAAUACAUUGAACAUUUAACUCAAUGUUCAAAGAGAAAAGGUGUUCCCUAAAGCAGUGAUCUUAAUGUUAAAAAAAAAUUAGUCAUUAAAAGACCUGUUGUGAUAUUUGGUGGAUAUUUUUCUUUAAUUUCAGACUUUAACUCUGAAAUGUGUAGCUUUCCUUUUUUAUCUUACCCUUACUUCCAGAUCGAGUGGGUUGAUUUUUCAACAUUGUGCCUGCCAGUAUGCCUACAAAAUCCUCUAUAAGUGUCCACAUAAACCCAAAUUGUUCAUAAUUUUGAUCAUGCGUUUAUUUUGCCUUUCUUGAAAAAAAGGAGGGGUUAUUUUGACAAUUAGGCUUAACAUAUUGUGUUGUAGAUUACCCUUCAGUGAACUAUUUUAAAUGUUGAAAUUAGGUGCCACUUUAUUUUAUUAUGCUAUCAAUAGCUGAUUAAAAAGGACCAGAUAUUUCUAGUA